AUGCAAACAAUAACGUUAACCCAGUCGGUGCGGUACUUGCAUGUACAGAGGCAGAGCGAGAGGAGGGUCCUCACUUGUGGAGCAUUGAGACAGAAUCCGGAGAUACGCUUGGAUGAAUAUGUUAUACCGAUGGAGUGUCGAGAUGAGAGGAUGCGCGCAGAGGAGAAGGUUGAGAUGGUUUGUGGUUCUGCUACGGCCGCCGUGGAGGUCAGUCGUGGACCAUUCUGCGGGAAGGCUGAUGCUACUGUAAGAGGUUUUUCCGCAUAA